GGAGGUUUUGGGUAGAUUCGAGGAUUUUUUUCCGGUUUGAGCCGAGCAGUGGGUCAGCGACAUCUCCAGAGCAGCGGGGUUUUCCUUUCAGGUUGGAUGAAUCGACAGGGAGGGGAGACCUCACACUCAACCUCCAUGUGCAUCCGAUGACGGCUUGCCGGAGCAACAGUACAAGGGUGGCAGCGACCCAACAAGAGACGGGGGGAGAAGGCAGGCAGCGUGUUGAGUCUCUUCGAGUCGUUGCAAAGGCCCUGGUCUCAGCAUGUUUCGGCUCACAAACUCCCCAAGAUCAGCAGGUGGGACGUGCGCAGCAAUGGCCAAGACGGUGCGCAUUCCCAUGAGCAUGAGUGAUAGCUCUGGCACGCAGCAUAUGAUCGAAGUGCCCCAGCCAGUGACCUUACAGGGGAUUAAGGAGGCUGCCGGGAAGAAGUUUAAGGACUUCCGGCCCAAGAGGCUUGACCUUCAUAGAUGCUUUCAUUUAUAAUGGGCAGUUCAAUAGAAGCUUUGGCACUGGCAGGGGCUCAAUAGACUGAGGCCAAAGCUUUACCUGUUUGUUUCCUCCCUUCCCUUUCGAGGAAGGGACUGGCCUAUCAUAGCUUUACCGGUGAAGAGCUCACGGAAGACUUGGUGACUUCCCUCUUCAGUGGCGUGGGUACCGCUGGGGUGGUCUUGUGCAUGAAGACCUGGAAGGGUGCAGCGAAGUUGAAAGCCAGCGCUGCAGCCGGAUACAGAUCUCCAUUGCCAUGCGAAGGUGCCAGUCAGCUACAGAGAGCGGCGAUGAUGCUCCAAGAAUGCGAGGUUUUGCUGGUUUUGGUGGGUGCUGGAAUGGGCGUGGACUCAGGCUUGAGCACUUUUCGAGCCAAGGAUGGCAGCUACACCAAGGAGGAGUACAUGGACCUGGCAAGGCAUCAGAGCUUCCGGGAGGACAUCGAGAAAGCGUGGCGUUGGCAUGGAGCCAUGUUGGAGACCUUCCGCCAGACCCCGCCUCAUGCAGGUUAUGGAAAGCUCUUGGAGUUGUGCCGCCGCGCAGACUUCUUCGUUUGCACCUCCAACAUCGAUGGAGCGUUCCUACGCGCCGGCUUUCCACCGGAACGGCUUUUUGAGGCACAUGGCUCGGUCCACAUGUGGCAGUGCUGCGAUCCCAAGUGCAAUCGGGCGCACCCACCCUGGCCGGCUCAGGCGACCAUGGAGUUGCCCCAGUGUCGCCAUUGUGAGGACUAUGCUCGGCCCAAUGUGGCCUUCUUUGAUGAUGACCUAGGGAGCAACGCCAGGACCUUCAAUCCCAAGUACAUCGAACCACAACGUGCUCGGUUUCAUCGAUGGCUCGCAAGCUUGGCCGGGCGUCAAGUGUGCGUUUUGGAAAUCGGUUGUGGCUCCAGCGAACACAGCCUUCGGAUGCGCUGGACGGAGAACUCCUGGUGCUGCAUGUCAGGGGAAUGGAAGAUCCCUCGCCUUGCUUGCCCGUUGGUGCGCUUGGACCCUGGAGAAGCUGAAGAAGUGGAGGAAGGACACUUGGGAAACUUGGUGCAUUUGCUGCUGGGAGCGCGAGAUGCCUUGGAGCAGCUGUCUGUGGAGUUGGGAGGGGCGACCCGCGCGGAUGCGGUGGAAUGAAGGAGUGUGAUUCGUGCGAAGUUGGUGUGAAGGAGCGGAUGUAAGGGCCACCCAUGAGCAGGUGGGAUACUACAAGAGCAUGACGAACCGGCAAACGGUACAAGGUUCUUCAGGAGAAGCUCCCCAUUUGCCCCAUGCCCAUGAACCGCGAGUACCAUCGAUUCCGUUGCUGGGUGCAACUCGGGAGCCGGUCCUGUGCAACUGGGUUUUUAGCUCCGUCCAUGAACGACGUUGAACAGCGCCUUCAGAGGAAAGCUGCUGACUCGGCUGCGCUUGAUUGGGUGAACAAGUCCUCCUCAAGCUGGCAGCAUUGAAUCAAUGCAC